CUGUGGUUUGAAACUGGCAGCGGAACGGCCCCUGCUGCGACACUACACUACGCUAACGCAACCUGACAACCGAGGCCGAAGACCUGUUCACUGCCAAAUGCUCUACCAGGCAGCGCCCUCCAUCCAGAAUCUGGAGAGAUCUGGUGUAACACGUGCGCUGAGAGUGCGAGGUUUGAUUUGACGGCUCUGAGCUGCUGGGUGCCCGCAUCUCUGACCGUCGCGAGUUGAAGUGUUGAGGCGGCGUUGUGAUCAGCUCGGCCCGAGGCGUGUGGGUGUGGCGCUCUCUGGAGCCGAGACGCAGGAGAUCGCGCUUCCUCAUUUUUUUCGCACUUUGCUGUGGAAAGGGUAUUUAAAAAUAAACUGUUGUCUUUUGUCUCCAGUCUGACCAACAUGCAGACCGCUGAGCUCAGAAGCCACAGGAAGUGAUCUUCGCACUGAACAGCAAACACUCACCGACACAGCUGCCUCAGUUCAAAUAGAAUCUUUCUCUCCCUCUCUCUCUCUCUCUCUUCCUCUCUCUCUCUCUCUCUUUCUCUCCCUCACAGACACACAAACUCAGACCUACUCGUUCACACCAGAGACUAAGUUCACACACACAUACAUACAUAAUAAACAGACCGACGCUGACACACAGACACACACACACAAACGCACCUGCACACAAACACACACACACGCACGCACACGCUCUGGCGUGUACACACACAAACGCGCGUGCACACACACACACACACACACACUGUUGCAGCGAAAGGAAGCAGUUUGUCAGUGGGCGAUAAAGAAGCCCUGUGUCAUUUCUGUGGAGCUGGUUUUGCAUCAUGUCCUCUGCAGUGCUGACUGCUCUUCUGGUGCUGCCGGUGUUCAGUGUGUACGGGACUUCACUAGUGCUGAAUGGAGCCGUGGGGGAGUCCAUUGUGCUGCCCACGGAUGAGGAAGGACCAAUCAAAGGACCAGGCUUAAUGGCGUGGAAAAAGAACAAUAUUGAUGUCAUCAGAUUACUGAGCAAGCAGGGCAGCUCAUCUUUUGAAACCCUGGAGACAAAUGCAGCUUUUAAAGGGAGGCUGAUUGUGAAUUAUGAAACCGGGGCCCUGAACAUUAGUUCUCUGAGAGAAGAGGAUUCUGGGGAAUAUGUCUUUGAGGGUAUCGGACAAUCUGGGACCCUCGGGCCAAAAACGAUACAACUACACAUUUAUGAGAGGAUUGUUUCAGUGCAGGUAACCUCCCAGGUGAAUAACAGCACAGACGGCAGCAGCUGUCACGUGACCCUGAGUUGCAGUGUGAUUGGAGGCAGCCAGGUGGUGCUGUCCUGGAGCAGAAAUGGAGAGAACAUUGCUGGAGCGGAGAGCAGAGCUACGCUGAGUGUAUCCCCCACCCGUGUAGAAGAGAACUACACCUGUACAGCCAUUAACCCCAUCAGCUCACUAAGCAACACAACCAGGCCCUGCCAAACGCCAGGUCUAUAUUCUCCUGGCCUCUCGCUGUGUGCGUUAAAGUCAGUGCUGUUCUCCCUGGGUCUGGUUGCCAUGGUUUCGGCUGUCAUCGCAGUUAAUGUCAGAGAGAGGUGCUGCAGAGAUCAAUGGGGACGAAUCUGUCAGAGUGAUGGAGAAAAUUCCUACCUGAAAUAGCUGUGUGUGUGUGUGUGUGUGUGUGUGUGUGUGUGCACGUGUGUGUGUGUAUGUGUGUGCAUGUGUGUGUCUGUGUGUAUGUGUG